AUGCCAACAAUCCUGAUCUCCGGUGCUGCCUCUGGCUUAGGACGCGCCUUCUUAAAUGCUUACGCCAAUGAGAAGUCCAACACCAUCAUAGCCAUCGACAAGGAGAAUGUUCAACCAUCCGAGUACCAACAGCAUGCAGCCACUAUACAGUCACAUGUUGUCGAUGUGACGGAUGAGGCUUCAAUCAUUUCGCUGGCUACUCUACUGAGCAAAACUCCCAUUGAUCUCUUCAUUCACAGCGUGGGUAUUCGCGGCUUGGUUCCUGCCGUGGAGAAUGCUCAACCCGAGUCCGUUGCUGCGGCAGAGACUUUGCAUGUCAUGGACCUAUCAACUCUCAUGCACACAUUUCAAGUGAAUGCUGCUGCUACUUUUCUCCUACUUCGCUCCCUUCUACCAAACCUAAAGCAAGCGCACAAUGCCAAGGUUGUAAUCAUGUCCUCGCGCAUGGGAAGCAUCGGACACAAUACCACAGGGUCUGCCUACGCAUACCGAGCAAGUAAAGCCGCGCUUAACAGCAUCAUCAAGAGCUUUAGUAUCGAUGUGCCUGAGGUAGUCUUUGUACUUUGCCACCCAGGUCGUGUAGAGUCUAAACUCGUCAAGUACAAAGAAGAAGGUGCUAUCAGUGCGGAAGAGAGUGUUGCUGGCUUAUUCCCACUCGUAGAGAAUUGGAAUAAAAAUGAUAGCGGACAAUUUUAUGAUCGAUUUGGAGAGUCUAUCGUUUGGUAG